AUGGCCUGUAAGAAAGGUAUGCAUCCCCGCAAUCCUUACAGAGACAAACCUCCGGAUUUUACUACUCUGGCUAAAAAACACGCGGAAUUUCGAUCUCACUGUUACAUUGCUCCAAAUGGAAAGUUACUCCUAAAUUUUCGGGAUUCUGAUGCUGUGCGAGCUUUGGCGAAGAUAUUGCUGCUGGAAGAUUUUGGCUUGAAUGUUGAAUUGCCGUCUGACUGCCUUGUUCCACGCGUUCCUCAGCGUCUAAACUAUAUUCUCUUUAUUGAUGAUUUGAUUAAGAUGAAUAAUUUAAAAGAUGAUAUUUUUGGAAUUGAUAUUGGUACUGGUGCAUCGUGUAUAUAUGCUUUAUUGGGAGCCAAAAGUUUUAAAUGGCAUUUUGUUGCUACAGAAACAGAUGCUAUAUCAGUUGAGGUUGCUUCUAACAACGUAUUAAGGAACGGUUUAGAGGAUUAUAUUGAAGUUGUACGGGUCGAAAAAGAUCGUAUGAUUAAAGAUAUUGUUCGAGAUCAUCCUACUGCACACUUUACUUUUUGUAUGUGCAAUCCUCCCUUUUAUGAACAAGAAGAAUCUGAACAAAAAUUCACGUACAUAAAUGGGAAAGUGAUGUCUAAUAAGAAUAAUUCGGAAAGCAGGAGGUCGGCACCGCACUCUGCAACUGUGGCUAAAAUUAAUGAAUUAUCCGUUUACGGUGGUGAAGUUGCUUUUGUUGGAAGAUUGAUAGAAGAUAGCCUUGUACUGCAAAAGUCAGUAACGUUUUACACGUCAAUGAUAGGUAAAAAGUCUAGCUUGUCAGUGCUAAAAAAAAAACUGCGGCGAUGUUCGAAUGUUCGUUUUGGAGUGGAAACGCUUAGUCAGGGGAAGACGCAGCGUUGGGUUUUAGUGUGGACUUUUCAUCCCGACUUGAAACUUUCUACUAUUGUAAAGGAUUGCGCUCCUUUGGAAAUUCCACUUCCAAAGUUUUUCACGAAGGGAGGCCAUUUAUCCGCAUGGAUGAAACAAGUGUUGAGCCAUAUCGAUAUAAACUUUGAAGAAAUAGAUAAUGGGAGGUUACAGUGUGAAGCUAUUAGGAACACAUGGUCGCAGCAGAGGCAAAAAAAACGAGUAUUUAUGUCGUCUAUGCAGGCCAACGAUUGUGAUCCGGAACCGAAGCGGCUACGACUGUCUAAGCUUGAUGUAGGGGUGAGUGUAACUAUGGGAGUUGGAGAUGGAAGGGAUAGUUUCGCAGAUGUGGGGAAUUUUAAUGAAUGCUUGUCAAGGCGAUGUGCCAGUUCUUGUGAGAGAAGGGAUGUUUCUGUACAGGCUUAUGUUCCUUCUGUGGCUGAUAUUCAUUCGGCAGUUCGUUUCCGAAUAGAUUGGCCUGACAAUUGCAGCGUUCUUAUGCUGAAGUGGAUUGAUGGAUCUCGGCAGGCUUUGCAUCAAAUUAGUCAAUACAUUAGGAACCAGCUACAGAAAAUUAAUAAGAAUUUGGUUGGCUAUUAG